AAAAAGGCACAAGCUUUUCUUCAGCUAUACGGUUAUGUGUGUGCCGGUGCUGUUAGUACCCGGCUGUGUAACUUGAUAGGGGGCAUCGAGAGGGAUAAGGGAAUGUUGAGUUGCAAUGGAGCAGAGUACGAUACAGUGGUUAGGUGCUCCUAGCUGCCUUCGAGGCUCCUUCGCCUUUUAUAAGUCGGUGGGUUGCAAGCAGGAGUCCGGCGGUGCGACUCGGGUCUGGGAGCUCGGGGAGUUCUACUUCAUGCGCUGUGGCCCUCAGGAGCCGGUGUGUAUCGCCGAGGUCACGCUGCUGUGGGAGGAUCAGACGCAGCGCCGCCUGCUGGCCAGUUCCAGACUCUACUUCUUACCCGAGGACACUCCGAAGGGCAGAGCAGUGGAGCAUGGAGAGGAUGAAGUAAUCGCUGUAUCAAAAAAGAUCGUAGUCCGAGUGGAGGAUCUGGUGAAGUGGACUUGUCAGGAACCGCCACAGUGGAAACACAGCAGUCCAGACAUUCCCGGCUCUGAUGGGUCACAAGACGCGAGUUCUCCACAGGAAGGCAAAACGGAGGGUGACGACGAGGCUCAGCAGAAGGUGAAGGUCCUCAGUUACCCCCAGUACUGCCGCUUCCGUUCCCUUCAGAGCCGCGUCCCGGAUCAGGCGAUCUGCCCCGGUCUGCAGGACCCGCAUCUGCUGGCCCUGGGGGGAAUAAAAGCGGCCCUCCGAAACACACGAGUCCUCUACUGUCGGGACACCUUCAACCACCCUACGCUCGACAGCAAUGCUAGCAUACUGACACAGCUCGGAUGCACUUCUCUCAGUCUGAAGGGGAGACCUCGUAAAAGAAAGGGCAGGGACGAUCAGCAAAACAAUAACCAUUUAUCAGAGUCAUGGAUGGAGAGAAUGAAGGAGAAUGUGAUGGGCAGUGUGGAGAUGCAUUGGGAUGGAAACUGGCUCCCACAUCCAGAAGAGCAGCUCUUCCUGGAUCAGCUGUUUAUCUUCAUGGAGCGGAGGGGUUCCCCUAUAAGCAAAGUGCCCAACCUGGGUUUCAAAAAGAUUGACCUUUUCCUCAUGUAUUCAGUUGUAAAAAGACUGGGAGGAUAUGAGAGGGUGACAUCGCACCGUUUGUGGAAGACCGUGUACAAUGAGUUGGGUGGAAGCCCAGGCAGUACCAGCGCUGCCACCUGCACGAGGAGGCAUUAUGAAAGGCUGAUGCUCCCGUAUGAACUGUAUGUAAGGGGAGAAAACCCAGAACUUGGCAAGCCCAGAGCUACAUCUUUCUCACCCGCUACCAUCAAAAAGACUGUACGGGGCAGAGCGGUGUCGAACAGCCCGAAAAAGAAUGCAGUUACAAACCAGGCCUCCCUGCCAGAUGGUGGCGUCGUUGUUGUACGGAAAAGAGGAAGACCACCCGGAAAACGCAACGCUAAAGUUCUAGCCAGAGGCAGAGUUGGAAGACCGCCCUUGCAUCCCAAACCUCCCUCAGAGCAACCAGAAAGACCCCAUCAGGAAAUCGGGCAGCCAUUGACUAUUUUCCAAGAACUGAAGCUUGCUAACCAUCAACAUGGCCAAGGUUUGUCCCUUGUGCCCUCUAAUAUGGUGCUCCACCAACCCGCACUGGGACGAGAUGUGAAGACGGAGACUGCAGAACCUCAAGCCCCCUCGUUUCUGUCGGUUCCUUGCAAGUUGCUGGCAGGGGGUUCCCUUGAGGGAUUCAGUCCCACUAAAGGACUGUGUCCUCUGGACCUCUUUAGAGCCCGUCUCGGCCUCAAUGGAGUGAGUGCUCAUGAGGUAGAUUCUUCUACGCCCCACCAGACAAUUAUGGUCCAUCAGCCCAAAGUCGAGACCCCUGAGAGUCUCCAGCACCAGUGUUCAGGGUGUAGUUUGGAUGCCACGUCCCAAAACGGAGGACUGGCCUCGACCAGAGCUCCCCUGCCCCCUCUUAGGAUCCUCCCGCUUGACAUCGGCUGUAGCCUACAGUUGCGUCAACUGAUGCGCACCCGUCUUGGCUCGACACACAUGAACACCUUCACCAAGAGACUUUCUGAAGUUCUGGCUCAGGAUCUCGGCAAGACCUCCCAACCCAACGGGAGUGCGCCUCAAGAUCAAUCCCUUCCACUGAACCUGAGCAAGAGGGCCAUUACCAAGAGGUCUGCCGGAGACACGGAGUUCACAGAACUGCAAGGUCGGGAUGUCCAGUCCAUGACCAAGAGACCAAAGGUGGAAACCGAGGAUCUCGGAGCAUCUCUAAAGUGGUCCUUUCCGGUGCCUUCGAACCAAGACGAGCCAGCUGAUCUUAGCUCUCCUAGCAGGGCCAGAGCUUUAGCCCAGGACAGGACCAAUGUGGCUUUGACCCUUCCUGAAGCAACUUGUUUCUCUUUAGUGCCCAAAUUGGAAGAAAAUCCCUACAGUAUUGGUGCUUCCCCUUGUGUUUAUCACAUGACUCAAGUGGAAGACAAGACCAGCGUUAGCACAGUGACCGUUAAGAAAGAACCAGAGAGCGCAAAUCUAGAACCUCAAUCAAACAGUGACCUCUACUCGCAGUGUGUACCUACUGAUGAUCUCAAAGAGUCGGAUGCAGUUUCCUCUCUCAAAGUACUCUCUAGUUCCCUCCUUUCCAAGCCAUCUAGCUGUUAGCAUGGGAGCGUUACGAACUCUUGCAUACUUUAUCACUCCUCUCUGCUCUGCCUUUCGCGCAAACACGUACGAUCAAAGAGACGGUUCUGCAGAUGCUUUUAAAACACUACUAAACUCUGGACUGAUGCAGGUGGCCAUGGGUUUUUACCAAAGAUAAGGUGCCUUGAACUUGAUUACUCUAUAUUUUAGUACUUUUUAAGUUGAAACAUAUGCUGUAGAUAGUGGCCAGCCAAUAAAGGACAUUUAAUAUGACUUGUGGAGCAUUUGAUUUCUUUUGGAAAAAAAAAAUACAGGUAUUUAAGAAAAACAUGGACACACGAUCUGGGUUUGGUUACUGUUGGAUCUAGAGUUCAACAAGAGUGCAGAAGAUUUGGUCAGCUACUGUACUUUUUCCCUUUGUUUAUAAAUGGUCGUUUGUUUUUAUUUUAUGAUAAAUCAGUGUCAUGUUGUGGGUGUAGGUCAUACUCUCAGUUAUUAUUUAUGUUUUACACCUUUCUCCUUUACUGUUCUUAGGUAGUCUUCUCUUUGUGUAAUUGUUGAACCUUGCUAUUUAAGAAAUGGGCUCUGUGCUGGAUCGUAUCCUAUGUUUUAGAAACAAUGUACUGUAUUGUGCAAAUGGUAUGGGUCCCAAUGCAAAUGUUCUUUUUUUUUCUUUUCCUUUUAUCAUUUAAAAAUGCAUUUCAAUAACACAGUCAUAUAUUGUAGUUAAUUACUAUUUGCGACCAUCGAAUGGUUUACCACGGACAUCAUUGAUGUGUUUACAGAGAGACUGAUGUAGAACUGCCUGUUUGUGAUAACUUAAUUUGCUUUUCACUCCUCCUAGACCGACCUCUUGAUGCAAUGUAUUUCACAGGUUUACAGAUGACAAAUUAUAUUUAAUAAUUUUCACUCGGUUUGCUAAUGAUUAAUUACUUGUGUAAAACACAUUUGUAUGAUGAUUAUACUGUUGGUUGUAUUUUUCUUUCAUUUAAUUUCUGUAUUUGAAAGGCAGCCAAACAGAACGCUAAUCCCUAUUUAAUGUUCUAUAAACUGUUGUAAUACCACCAGGUUAAAAAUAUAUAUAAAUUUUUUUUCUUAUUUUGCAUGCUAUGCUAAUGGAAAAUGGCCACCGCAGACAUGUUUAAACACUGAAUAUUUAUAAUAAUAAAAAAUUAUGUACUUGCA